CCACCUGCGCUCCCCGCGUCCGCGAGCUCCCACUUCUCCUCCUUCUCGGACGGUCUGCGCGGCGCGCGUUGUAAAGCAUCUCGCGCGGCGGUGCGGACUCACACUGCAGGUGGACCGCGGCGGAAAGAAGGACACACACACACAGGCGCGCGCGCACACACACUUCACACACUCGCGCAGACUGAGAGGAUGGCAGAAGUGCAGAACGAGCCGCUCCUCGGAGCUCCGGGAGGGGAGACCGUGGUCACCGUGAGGAGUGCGGACGGUGACUCCGCCGCUAACAAGAAGGCGUUCAAGGUGGCAGGUUUCACCGUGUUGGCCUGUCUGCUCAUUGCUGGCCAGGCCAUCUCGGUCUACUUUGUCCUCAACCAGAGGAACAAACUGGGGGACCUGGAGCAAAGUUUCAGCAAGCAGCUCCAUCACAAGCCCUCAGGGCCUUCUAGCUACGAGAAGGUGAACGUCCCCAUUAACAGCAUGCCCAUGAUGAUGGACGACACCAUUGACCAGGAUGACAAGAAAGGCCCAUCACUCGGACCCAUGCAAAAACCCAAGUGUCUGCGGGAGGCGAUGUUGACAAGCCACGGCCACCGUCCCCAAUGUGACAUGGAUGGCAACUACCUGCCCAUGCAGUGCCAGAACAAGUACUGCUGGUGUGUAGAUGAGAACGGGAUUCCAAUCCCCGGCUCCAAGGGUGUCGGCGUUGUCCAGUGUGCAGGUAACAACGCCGCAGGCGAGAUGGCCAUGUCCAGCUUUGGGGAGCUGACCGAGGAAUAAAACCUGCAACAAGAUGGUGAAGAGAACCAGCCACUUCCAGCUGAGGAAUCUUUUAUCCUGAGCCAAUAUUAACCAGCUGUGAUCAGUGCUUUGAGCUUGUUUUAAGAUAGACCGUAGAAGACAUUUUUACAGUAGAUGCAUAAAGUGCACAACGUAGAAUCCUAACUCUUUACAUAUCUCUCAUUAUUAAGGAAAUCUUAGUUUUACUUGAGCUUAUUCUUAGAGCACUAGAAAUGUUGCAAGCUUUUCUCAGCACAUAUUCUGAUUAGAUGAGCAAUUUUUUAACUGCAUUUAAUUGAGUUAAAUUCCUUCAAACACAAGAAUGUUUAAUAUAUGAAGCUAACAUGGGAAAGAUAUGGGGGUCAUGGUGUAUCAGUGAUAUGGAAUUGUGUUGGAACUAACAAAUAAAAUAUGCUGAUUCUUACUAAA